AUGUCUGCUACAAUCCCAGAUUCAAUGCAAGCCCUGGUGGGAAACCGAUUAGCGGCCGCGCGACUGGCCAACUAUGUCUGGGGUAAGCCCUGCGGAGACGGAGCGAAGGUGCAAACAGUUCCCACCCCAACCAUAUCAGACACAGAAAUCCUCGUGCGCGUCAAAGCGGUCGCCCUGAAUCCCACAGACUUCAAACAUGUGGAUCUUCUCGCGGCGAAAGGGGCCAUCAUCGGCUGUGACUUUGCCGGAACGGUUGCCAAGGUGGGAUCGAAAGCUCCCGGCAACUGGGAGGUUGGCGACCGGGCAGCAGGCUGGUCCCGGGACCUGGCUUGGAAGAUUCCCCCCACUGUCACCGACGAAGCAGCAAGUACCUAUGGCGUGUCUGCCGUCACCGCGGUGCUGGCUCUCAAUGCGCGCCUGGAUGUUCCAUGGGUGGAUGGAGGCCCCGAAGGAGGACAUCGUGACUCACCUGUGUUUAUAUAUGCGGGCGCAACGAGUGCCGGUCUCUACGCCAUUCAAGUAGCCAAGCUGGCCGGCUUGAAGGUCGUAACCACGGCAUCUCCACGGUCGCAUGACUUGGUAAAGCAGUAUGGGGCAGACGAUGUGUUUGAUUACCGAUCGCCAACCGCAGCAGAUGAGAUUGCCAGAGCAUAUCCACAGAUGAGCCGAGCUUUGGACUGUUUUUCCGAAGGCGGGUCGACGGACUUUUGCAUUAAGGUUGUCCAGAAGGCGAAGGGCAAGGUGGUUACUUUGUUAGACAGAGGCAAGACUACCGACGCAGGGGUAGAAGUCGACUUUCUUCUCGGGUAUGGGGCGUUUAAUCUUCCAUACCAGUGGAUGCCUCCAGUCGGCCCUCGAUUUUCGGCCAACCCGUCCGACAACGCCGCUCUACGUCGGUUUUAUGCAUCGUUGCAUGACGCCUGCCAUCAACUGCGACCACCGCCUCUCAAGAACAUCGAGGGUGGGCUGCACCAUCUCAAUGAAGGUCUCGAUCUCCUUCGCAAGGGACAGGUUGCCGGUACCAAGUUGGUGGCACGUCUGGGGUAA